GGAAGACUUAGUUAUAGCCUUAACAUGGUUAUUGAAACAGAUAUUCAUCAUGCAAGAUGAAUUUCUAUAUUUCUGGCAAGGUCUUUAGUCUUUGUGGCCUUAGACUCAAGGUAGGCACAAACUGGUAGUUGCUCUGCUCUCUUCCCGAAAAAAAAAUAAAAUAAAAAUCAUUGUUUGGCAAAACCAGGGAGAUCUGUGUGUCAUCCAUGUAACUAUAACCAACAUUGUUAUUUUGCAAAAUCUGAGCUGAAGGAAGCAUAUAGUUGAAUAAGAGGGGCUCUAGGAAAUAUCGUUGUGGGACCCUGCAGUUCAAUGCCUUGAUUUAUCUGCAGAUUUCGACAGAACUAUCUCUGCCGUCUAGGUCUGCCCUGAAACAGUUCAAGACAGUUCCAGUGAGACUAAGUCUUCAACCGUUCCAGGAGUAUUUUGUGAUCACUUGUGUCAAAUGCUGCAUUUAGGUCUAGUAAAACCAGGACUUUGCCUGAAUCAGUGUUUUGCUGGAUAUCAUCCAGAACUUUGAUGAGAGCAAUCUCGGUGCUGUGGUAAGGGUGGAAACCUGACUAAAGUCUGUCAAAACAACCACUUGUGUUUAAGAGCAGGAUUAGUUGAUUGAGAACAGCGUACUCAAUUAUCUUUCCAAAGAAGGGAAGAAUUGAAAUUGACCUGUAAUUUUUCUAGUAUGGAAACAUCAAGACUGUUCUUUUUAUGGAGGAAUGAUGAUUUAUGGGGUUAAUGAUUGAAGUUACUACUACUUACACAAGGCUUUUUUUGUGAAAAUGUUCACUAGGGCACCCUUCUUUGGAACCAAAUGAAGGAUUUUGAUCUUUCUUAUUGUAUGACAAGCCGAAUGAGCCUGUUCUGUGACCUUGUUCCAGGCCUUGUUACAGGGAGACAUUACAACAGAUAUUAGCACACCAUAACUCAUUUAUUCUUCCUUUCCUGUCUCUCCUCCUUCUUCUUUAGUCCCUCAUUCACCUCAUCUUAUCUCUAUGCAUGUUAGCUUGGUUUUGAAACUUCUCAUUCAAAUCAUUCAAAUAUAUCUAUCUCUACAGCUUCAUAGCCCUGAAUGCACAACCAAUUAAGGAAAGAGCUCACAGGACAUAACAAGGCUGGGAAAGCCUUCACGUAGAAAUGAUUCAGCACAACACAGGCAUGCAGAGGAGUCAGUGGCAGAAAGGCAGACAACUUCCAGCCAGCACCAGAGUGAUUUAUGGACAUAGCCCUGUGUCAUCGGGGGCGGAGUCAGAUGUAGAGAGCAGCAGCACUGAGAGUGAGAACUCCCAUACCCAACAUGCAGAGGUGGAGCCCAGACAAGGCCUGGCCUCGCCCUCCAUGCUGCGGCAGCGAAUCGCAGAGCUUGAUCAGCAGAGGGAGGAACUGAAGAUAGAAAUGCAGCUUGAGGUGGCCUUAUUGUGCGGGGAGCUACAGACUGAGAGGGAGCGACUUUGCAGACACAUGCAGCAAAUGCAGAAGCUGCAGGAGGAAGGAAAGCUGAGGGCUCCACAACGGCAGCUCAAGAAGCAGCAGGAGCGAGCUGCCCUGGAGCAGGAGCGGGAACGAGUGGGGGAACUGAAGAGGCACUGUGAGGAGAAGGAGGCGCACAUUUUGUCCCAGCCGGAGAGCCAGAGAGAGCAGCUACUACACCAGCUACAGCAAGAGAAAGAAGCCAUAGAGAUAGCAGUGAGGUGCUUUGAGGACAUGGAGUUCCGAUUUCUGGAGCGAGAAAGUGGGGUUGUGGAGGAGGAGGAAGAGAGUGACAGUGAGAGGGAGAGAGAGAUGUCACGCCACCAGCAUACGGUCAACACGGCUCAGGAGCGUGUCCUCCAGCUUGAAAAACAAGUGAAGGAGAUAGAAAGGGAAAAGGACAGAGAGCUCAACACACUGAGACAGGAACGAAGAGAGCUGCUGCACAGCUCUCAAAGGAUCCCGAAGGAGAAGAAAUCAAGUUGUGACUGGCUCAGCAUCUCAUCGUCUACCCCUUGUAUGAUCUCACUGAGCCCUCUUAGCAUUCACAGGGUAGCAGAGGACUCACCAAAGGAAAUGUCUAAUAUUCCCAAACACAAGAAUUCUCACCGAAACAAGUUUACUCAUAGACCUUCCUCUGGUCAAGGGUCUCCAAAAAUGAUCCCAGACAGUCAAGUUUCCGAGGAUCUUGUCAUCCCUCCUGUGUGGGCUUCCCAUCAGCAUGGAAACAGACUCACAGCGCAGAGUUAUAAUGACUGUGGGCUCAUCACUUCUUGCAACAGCGCCAGCAGCUCCAGGACAUGUAGUCCCUGUCUUGCUGUGCCAGACCUGCUGGAGAUGGAGCGAAGGCUCAGGGAAGCUAAAGCCGAGAGGGAGCGCUUACUGAGGGACCGGGAAGAGAAGAGGAAGACUGCAGAGCAGGAGAGGAGACCCAAACCACCUGAUUCUCAGUACUCAGAGUCAGCUGAACAACGCACACUUUCAGCUGCUGAUACAGAACAAUCACAGACAGUGUACAGCCCAUUUCAGGGAAGUCUAGAGUGUCUUCCACUCUCCCUGCAUCCAACAUUUGACCUCCGGGCUCAUGUGGAGUCCCUGGGUCAUGGUGUGGCUGAGUGCCUGGGGGUCUACCUAUCUCCACGGCGCUGUGUAGGCUUUCUGACCAAGUGUGGGGGCAGAGUUAAGACCUGGAAGAGGAGAUGGUUCGUCUUUGAUCUGGACCAUCGGAGACUAGCCUACUACACAGAUCACGAUGAAAGGAAGCUGAAGGGUGUGAUCUACUUCCAGGCCAUAGAGGAGGUGUAUUAUGACCAUCUGCGCACAGCACCUUCUUCUCCCCGACCCAGCCUGACUUUCUGUGUGAAGACCUAUGAGCGCCUCUUCUUCCUGGUGGCUCCGAACCCGGAGGCUAUGAGGAUCUGGAUGGAUGUCAUUGUUACAGCCACAGACGAGCACUGCCGUUACACAAGCUGUGGAACUCUCUGAGCAGCAUGCAGGGCCAUCUCUAUUUAUGCAAUGUCAGUCUCUGAGAGGGAAGCACUUUGAUUGUCUUGUUGGAGCUUUGGCAUAAUUGGUUGUGUAUGGAUAGGGGAUGUAAUGAAGAGUAUAAGAAUUGAAUGAGAAGAUACAAAUUAUUUAUUCAUUGAAUUGGGCUAGUUAAGACAAACUUCUGAGCCUAAAUCUUUCAUUGUUGGUGACAGUGCUUUACAUAAAACACAUAGCAGCUUGGACAAAUUUGCAUAUACAUCUUUUGUAACUCAAAUGUCUUAUCAUGUGAAGCACAGUAUUUUUAAAAUAUCAAUAAGUUACAUACUGAUGAGUCAAAUCAUUUUAACCACCCCCAUGUGACGGGAUUUUUAAUUCCAUCCAUUGACAUGGGGAGAACAUGCAAAUUUCACAUCCUUGAAACCCUGGCCAAGUCUCAAACCCAGGUUCCAGAGGUAUGAGGUGACAGUUCUUGUAAUAGCUGUUUUGUACAUUACUACAUAGCUAAGUGUGUUAUAAUUAUCUUUGGUGAAUGCAGUAUGAAUGUAUCGUGUAACCAUUCUGUGUAGGUUAUUAUGUAUCUUGCAUUAUCUAUCCUAACUCGCUCUGUGCUUCUGCAAAGAAGAAACGUUGAAAAAGUAAAAGAGUCUUUUUUGGAUUGAACUCCACUGAAUUUUUAAGCAGAUGAUUGCAAUGUUAUGCUUAGAAUCGAAUAUUCUGCUGUCUAUGCCAAGUAAAAAUUCAAAAGGGCUUUGUUAUGGUUGACCUUCUUUUGCCAAUGAAGUUUGUGAAUUCUACAAGGA